AUCUAUCUUUAGCUGGUACUUGGUAACGAAACGUCUUUGAUAAAUUUUGACCCAUUUGAUAGAUUAAAAUAGCAGUCGAUGAACAACAGUUGCUUACUAAAACUUAUCUAUCAGUGCGUCAUAUAUAUAACAGUAUUCUGUGACGUUUGGUAUUUCAUUCCUGUGAAUUUCAACAGACGGACAUGAUGUGGACGGGCGACUUGGCGACAACAAUUAUUUUACUAUACCUCGCUUGUAAGUCUCAAGCAAGUAUUAGUCUCGGAACUUGUCAGCUUUCAUGUGAUGAGAACGAAAACCAUCUCCCUUCACGCGUAAGAGGUCCACCUGGCCCGCCGGGAAAGCGCGGUCCAGUAGGAAAUCGCGGAUUAGUGGGUCCGAAAGGGUCACCAAGUAGUUGCUGCGAAGAUCUAGUUGAACGAAACGAACAGCUUGAACGUCAAGUUCAGGAGUUAAAUGAACGGAUGUUUCCACGGGACUGUGCAGCCGUAAAGAAUCACGUGAUAUCAAGUGGAACUUACGUGAUUCAUCCGUUCAAUGAAAGUAAACAAGGAGUCCAAGUGUAUUGUGAUCAAGAAACCGAUGAAGGCGGUUGGAUUGUAAUACAAAGACGACUUGACGGAAAUGAAGAUUUUUACCGUGACUGGAAUGACUAUGUCUCAGGUUUCGGUUACAAGGAACGAGAAGUCUGGCUAGGACUGGAGACGAUGCAUAGAAUAUCCACCAAUGGUCCUCAUGAGAUUCGAUUUGACUUUAUCACAAGAGACAACGAAAAAUUGUUCGCAAAAUACGGACAAUUUCAAAUCGCUGGAGCAGGAGACAAUUAUCGAAUAACCAUUACCGGAUAUUCAGGAAAUGCUGGCGAUUCAAUGGCGAUCCAUAACAAUAGCCAGUUUUCGACGAAGGAUCGAGAAAACGAUAAACACGAAUCAGCAGUUUGUGCUGUCUCGUACAAAGGAGGGUGGUGGUAUAACAGGUGCCAUCACGCUAACUUGAAUGGUUUAUACGCAGAUACGACAUCGACCAAGGGUUUAUCCUGGUAUAAGUGGAAAAAUGUAUACACUCCAUUUGCGAAAUUUGUUGAAAUGAAGAUCAGGAAACUCAGAGACUAAAUAGCGUGAUAAUUUUUAAAUAGUGUAAAAUAAUAUAGUUCUUGUCAUCUAUCGUACAAUCAAAUAAACAUGUGCUAUAUUGAUUUGUAAGAA